ACCCCUGUCCUAAGGUUAUUCAUGGCAGAGAAGGAACUGAAGAGGUGGUCAGUCUGCACUGCCCCUUAUACUCUUUGUUCAGAGCAUGAGAAAGAGAAGGCACAUGCAUGGACCAAUGGACACUGUUAAUAAAACAUCUUCUGGUCUGAAGUGCAUGGAGCACAUGGGCACCUUGAGUGGAAUACGCCAAGGGACCACACACUCCAGAUACUGUACAAGUUUUACAUGUGUUGGAAAUAAAGAUGUUCCUGAUGUGCAGUGCGUUGUGUGCAACAAGAUACCAGCAAACAGUUCAUUGGCUCCAGCUAAACUUUGUAGGCAUUUGGAAACCAAGCAUGCUGAAUACGAAGACAAAGAUGUAAGUUUUUUCAAGAGGCAGUAUGACUCACUUGGAAAUUGUAAACUUUUGAUGAUUAAUAUUGCUCAAACAGACAACGAAAGUGCAACAGAGGCAUCUUAUCGAGUAAGUUACUGUAUAGCGCUUGCCGGAGAAGCUCACACUAUUGGAGAAACACUUAUCAAUCCUUGCGUGAAAGAUAUUGUAGCGUGCAUGUUGAGCGAGCAGUCUGGAAAAAAAAUUGGUGCUGUACAUUUGUCAAAUAAUACUGUUGCACACCAUAUUACAGAUCUUGCCAAUGACAUAGAAAGAGCUAGUUUGCCGACUGAAAAUUUGCCAUGAAUAUUCAUUGCAGCUAGAUGAGUCCACUGAUGUUUCAGGAUUUGCUGUGCUAUUAGUAUUUGUCCAAUAUAGAUUUAAUAAUAUUAUUGAAGAGGACCUGCUCUUGUGUGAAUCUCUGCAAAGCAACAUGACUGGAGAAGAAAUAUUCAACUGCAUCAACAAUUUUAACAGAAAGCAUGAAAUUAGUUGAGGAAAUUGUAUUGAUGUAUAUACUGACGGUGCUCAGGCAAUGAUCGGGAAAAUGAAGGGAGCAAUAAUGCGAAUCAUAAGUGUGGCACUAGAAAGCACUAAGAGCCAUUGUGUUCUAUACAGACAAGCACUUGCAUUAAAAAAAAAAAUACCAGCAUAUCUGAAAAUUGUGCUCGAUGAAGCAGUACAAAUUAUCAAUUUUGUCAAAUCUCAACCAUUUCAAUCCAGGUUAUUUAAAAUUUUCUGCAAGGAAAUGGAUAGUUAGCACAAAAUGCUUUUACAUACGGAAGUGAGGUGGCUGUCCAGAGGAAAAGUGCUUGUGAGGUUUUUUGAGCUUCGUAGUGAACUACUAAAAAGAAUGGGUACUUGUGGCACCUUAGAGACUAAUAU